AUGUUCAAUCGCUCUAUCCUAGGAACCGAAGCCACUGGACAAGACACUAUACAUCUUGUAGAGGAAAAAAGAGAAGAAAUAGACGAUAAUCCCGACAACACUGAAGAGGAACCGCGAUUCCAAGAAGAAAUGAAGUUGCGUCAACAAGAAGUGGAAGCAGAAUCGUUCCGACUUUUUACCGAAGAGGAAGCCUACAAUCAACGCUUGAAAAGCAUUGCACUGGUCUUAGGUGCGUCGGGAGGAUGGUUUGUCGAAGAGGAGGAAGAAGAGUAG